AUGGCAUCUAGAGUCCGGCCAGCAUUAUCUGGCAACGAAUUAGUGGAUAUCUUCAUGGCUACACUACAAGGGCUGUAUUUUGAGAAGAUGAUUGGCAGUUCGUCAACAAACUUUGCUGAUAUGGUAACCAUUGGGGAACGUAUUGAGAGUGGGCUAAAAUUAGAGAAAAUCACAGACACGAUCGCAUCGCAGACAACCAACAAGAGGCCGCAUGGAGGAUUUGCUAAAAAGAAAGAGGGGGAAGCAAACGCUGUGACGACGAAGGCUCACCUCCGAUAUCAAUUUCUGAUGGGCCUUAUGCCAUAUUAUUCGUAUCCAUACGUCACUGCAGCUCAAUAUCAGCAACCGCCAUUCCAGUACCAACCGCAGAAAGGUAAUCAGCAAUCAACACCCGCUCAGAAAAAUUUGAACCAACAAUAUAAUCGUGAUAACAGAGGACAAAAUCGAGGUCAGAAUAAUAGAGGCAAUUUUGGUAAUCGUCCACAGCUUGAUAAGAUCCCAGUACCAUAUGCAGAGUUAGUGCCGUAUUUGAUUCACGUGGGGGCUAUUGUACCAAGAGAACUUCCAGCAGCCUCUCCUCCCUUUAAUCGCAGUCACAAUCCUAAUGCCACAUGCGCUUUUCAUGCAGGGUAUAUAGGACAUUCCACCGAGGACUGUUGGGCUCUCAAAAAGAAGAUCCAAGAAUUAAUUGAUCAAGAUAUUUUGUCUUUCCCCGAUGAAAAACCUAAUGUAAAGACUAAUCCUUUGCCAAACCACAGUGGUGCAGCAGUCAAUACUAUGAUCGAAGAAGAGACUGUCGAAUCUAUACUAAGGGUUGAAGAAGUGAAGACUCCGAUGUCUGUUGUGUUACAGAGGCUUAAACAGUUUGGGUUUCUAGAAGGUGUACAUGAUGAUUGCACGAUAUGCGAGUUUGAUUCGGACAGUUGCGACAAGCUGAGGGUUUGUGUGCAAGAACUGAUGGAGCAAGGGUUAAUACAAUUCUCCAAGUCUCAAGUAGCAAAAGAGGUGGCAAUAAUUGAACCAAUAACAAUUGUGUACAGGAAAAAGAAGGUUGAAGCUCCUCCCAAGAGGAUUCAGCCGAUUCAUUUCCGUGUUCCCACUCCGUUCCCAUAUCAUAAUACUAAGGCAAUGCCUUGGAAUUAUGAGACCACAUCAUAUUUGGGAGGAAAGGAAAUCUGUAUUCCUGACACAGAAAUCGUCAACAUUGCUAGAACGGGAGGUGUAACACCCCGAUAA